CAUGAUUCGCGGGAGUUUUCGUGCAAUUAUUCUAUUCGCUUUUCUUUUUGGGAAGCUGAAUUGCUCGCCAACCGAGUCCUCUUGUAUUAAAGAUCCAAACAUGCCAGGCACAUUCCUCUACUUUGCCUACGGGAGCAACAUGCUCAGCAAACGAAUUCACAUAAAUAAUCCAACUGCCGUGCAAAAGCACAUCGGUGUACUGAAGGAUCAUCGUCUCGACUUCAUUUGGUUCUCGAAACGAUGGGGCGGUUGUGCCUCGACCGUAGCACCUACUCCCGGCUCCGAAGUUUGGGGCGUUGUGUGGGAAAUCGACUUGUGCGAUUUACCAGCUCUCGACUGGCAAGAAAACGUUCAAGACAAUCUAUACUACCGUAAAAAUGUAACUGUCACGACUGAAGCCGGUGAAAAUUUUGACUGCUACGUUUAUGAGCAAUGUGUUCUGCCAGAGGAACAUAUUGAACCGGGUUCGUUGCCUGAAGAUAGACAGCCGUCGCUCAUUUAUUUGAAUACUAUGAUUAAUGGAGCAAAAGAAUUCAAUCUUCCCAAUGAAUAUAUUGAAUUUUUGAAAUCUUUCAAACACAAUGGUUACAAUGGAACAGUAGAAGUUAAUUGGUCUUAA